CGUGGACUCUGGGUCUAUGGUUGGCAGCCUGAUUAGCCUUGUUUGCUCUCUCUCUCUGCCCUUCUCUCUCCGUUUAGUGCUAUCAAAGUACAGUGUACUGUAUGUUUGACAGCUUAUAGUUACAGAGCUCAGCACACACGCAGUGGUGCAGUAAAAGUUAAGGAACAUCCAGUUAGAAGAUGCAGAGUUUUGGGACAUGGCCAGUGGCAGUAGCAGCAGCACUGGUGAUCAGUCUGAUGGGAGUGCACACUAAACACCUGGUUGCUGAAAACACCCAUCUCCUGACCUCUGAAGAGCACAAGAUGGUCCUCAACCAGGGAAUGAAAGAAUACCCCAGGGACUGUUAUGAGAUGUUGAUGGGUUCAGGGGGUCAGGCCAGAGAUGGAGUGUACCUGAUUCAGCCUGGUGACUACCUCAUCCUGGCCUACUGCGCCAUGCAAGAGGGUGGUUGGACCGUGGUACAGCACAUCACGGUCAACAGCAGCGUGGACUUCGACCGCACCUGGGUCGAAUACAAGCAGGGCUUCGGGUUCCUGACUGGUGACCACUGGCUGGGGAACGAACACCUCCACCACCUCACCCAAGGGCCUGGGCGCUACAAGCUGGGGGUCAAGCUAGUGAACAAAGAUGCCAUCACCAAGAUGGGCGAGUAUGACCCUUUUAUGGUGGAGGAUGAACGGUCUGGGUUCAGGCUGCGUCUGGGUCUGUUCCAGGGCUCUGCCUUAGACGCUCUCACCCUGGACACAGAGAACUACCUGCAUGACAACCAGAGGUUUACCACCAAGGACCGAGACAACGACAAUUACUUCCAGAACUGUGCCAAGCUGGAGUUUCGGGGUGUGGUGGGAGGGGGCUGGUGGUACGACGCCUGUGCUGGGGCCAACCUAAACAGCAGGAAUGUAAUCUACUGGCAGAAGGACUGCAACAAGGAGCACCUGUGUAAGUACGCCUGGAUGAUGGUAAAACCCUCGGACACAGUGAAGGUGGUCCACACUGGGGACUGUACGAAGGAUGAACUGUAAGUGUUGUCUGGAGAUUAGGUUGAUCAAUACCAUCUGUGGUCAUACUAAUGCAGUGGUUCUCAAAACAUUGUUUACGUGAUAGAGACAAUAGUUCAACACGUUUAAUUCAGAAAUACACAGAGACAAAAAUACUGUAAUAUACUUGUCACACAUUUCUUAAGUAAUAAAAAAAAGCAAUUGUUAUUUUGGGGAUUUCAUACACCUAAGUCUUCUCCUCUACCUUCCCCCCCAAAAUUGCAAGUGCAGUUUUUUUGUAUGUCUAAAUGAUCACUGAUACAAAACAUUUUGUGGUCAUGAUAUCAUAGCUUAUUACACAUGUAAUACAACAUUUGCAGUAUUUUUACUCACUCACCCAAUAUCACUGAACGAAUAACCUAUGUAUGUGUUGGUUGUUGGCAGAAAAACCAAUAUGUACUGAAUCAAAAUAAGAUUCUAACAGUAAGUUUACAGUACCAUUUCUUAUGAUUAAUUGCAAGUAGUACUCAGCGAUGUAAAACUUUUUAUUUUAUGGUUCUGGCCAAUUGAAAACGUUUAAAUGUUUUUUCUAUCAAUGUGUAGAUGAGAAUGAUACAGUCCAAUACGGAAUGACCAAAACAUAGGCCUGUAACCUGAGGACAGACGUUAAACAUAUUGUAAUGAAUACAUGACACAGAAGAGUGCAUGAAUCAAACCCUGCUCUCCCCCUGAAUGUAAAUGUGUAGAGAGCUGUCACUGCGCUAAGUGACUUAUAGUGACCCUGGGCAGAUGAAAUCACUAAAGGCUAAUUCUUAUCUGACAAGUCAUUUGUCAUGUGCACAUAACAACCGGCGCUGUAGCGAAAAUUUGAACAUAAGCAAUCUAGUUACAGUGCCUCCUAAAGACAUGAUUGACAUCGGGAAAAGAGCGUGGGCUAUUAGCUGAUCAAUGAUGUUGAUGAUGGAUGUACUGUAAAUCUGCUAGUUUGUUAGCUUGAUUUUUUUUUACUGAUUGUGAUUUAUCUUCAAUGCUCUUAAAUGUAGCUCUGUAGCUCAAUUGGUAGAGCAUGGCACUUGUAACGCCAGGGUAGUGGGU